AUGAUGACCACACAGCAGAGCCAGCAGUCGCAGGCCGAGGAUCUGUUUCAAGAUGUUGAUCUACUGCAAUCUCAUGGAAUCAAUGCUCUGGACAUCAAGAAGCUCAAGUCGGCAGGCAUCUGCACAAUAAAGGGAAUCAACAUGUGUAUGAAAAAGAAAAUGGUUCAGAUUAAAGGUCUGACGGACGCCAAAGUAGAUAAGAUAAAAGAAGCUGCAGCAAAACUCAGCAACGGUUGUGAAUUCCUGACAGCUAACCAAGUUAGUGAGAAGCGAAAGUCAAUCUUCAAAGUGUCCACUGGUUCCACUGACUUUGACACACUUCUCAAUGGCGGCAUCGAAAGUAUGGCCAUCACCGAGGCGUUUGGUGAGUUUCGUACUGGAAAAACACAAAUCUCGCAUACUCUUUGCGUUACCUGUCAAAUUGCAAACGGCAGCUUUGCUGGCGGAAAAGCUAUCUUCAUUGACACCGA